AUGGUUUGCCGAUAAGACUAUUUAACGUUUUCCAAGUACCUUUUGAGUCGUCUUUAAACUCGUUUAAUUUAUUUUGAUAAUAACGACGUUUCGCAGUGAUCACGUCUGAAUAUAUAAAUAUAUAUAUAUAUAUAUAUAUAUAUAUAUAUAUAUAUAUAUAUAUAUAUAUAUAUAUAUAUAUAUAUAUAUAUAUAUAUAUAUAUAUAUAUGCAUUUGUCUGACAACACAGUGUACGGUCAUAUAUUUUCAGAAUGACAAGACAGGAACGUUCACCCAUCUGCAAGGAGUUCCUAAAGCAUUACUACCAGGCGUUGGGGGAAAAAAGAUUCUUGAUUUUUGGUGGGAUGCCAUCAAUGUGUAAGUAUUGUACGUUUACAUCUUCCGAUAAAAGCCCAGUCCUAUAAGUACAUCCGGUUCCGAAAUGAAUAAUUGUAACUUUUGAAAGGAAAGAUGCUACAUGAUGAGGGUAACUUGGAUAUGGAAGCAUCUCGUUCAUGAAUUGGUUAUAUGCACAAUUGGAUAGCCUUUCUUCAUUUAAUAUCUUGCAUAGUGUGAAAUUCCAGUCUAGGUAGCGAUGAAAUGCUCGAAAUAUCUAAGUUCUUUUUCUAUUUCUCAGGGGCCGGUUGUUCAAAGCUGGGUUAGCUUAACCCUAGGUUAACCUAAAAUUCAAAGCAAACUUCCCAACAGCUUGGUUAUAAAUUUGGAAAUAUUUCUUUAGAGAUCUUGUCUGAAUCAGUAGAAGUUUUCUUCUUUGAAGUUUUGAAAUAAUCAGACGUGCAGAAAAACAUGAACUAAAUUAACAACAGGUUACAUUUUGACCCAGGGUUAGCGCUAAUCCUGCUUUGAACAACCGGCCCCAAGUAAAUAAAAUCUGCAACCUGACUUUCCCCUUUACACGAGUGAAAUUAUCUGGCGUUAGCCAACAUAAAGGGUCUCCCAUGGGGGGGGGGGGUCCCGUGUUCAUGCACUUGAAAAGUUUUCCUUGUUCUCAAAAGAUAUUUCAUCAUGUUCCCUUGUCCUGUAUUUUUGGCUUUGUUCCUGUGUUCCCAUUGCCUUGUUCCCUAACCCCCCUGGGAGACCAUCAACAUACAAUACAUUGUAAGAUAAAAUUUCCCGUUUAUGGUAAUAAACGUUUGCCUGUUUUAGGAGGCAAUACUUUACCGCAGUUUAUUUGGUAACUAAUGCAGACAAGUAAGUUUUAGUGUAUUGCAUUCCUAUAACUGGAUUUUGAAUAACACUUCGUGACACUGUAUUUGGUACCCUACGAUAAUAAAUCUACCAUUGUUUUCAUUGAUAUUUUAAACAAAUUGAAACAUAUAUACUUGCACGGAAUUUCAGCACGGCCCAAUAUAUAUGAUUAGAGAGUUGUUGAGAUUUUCCCGAAUGUGGCAGUUACUCAUACACGUCUUCUAAGAAGAACAAAAUACUAUACACAGAAUAUUUCUAUAUCAACGUUUUGUUUAAUUUUUAUGGAGACUUAAAUUCAUGCUAUAUAUGAAGUAGUCGAGUCAUAAACAGCAGGCACGGCACAGUUUUCACUUCUAUAGUUGCAUUGGGCGUAAAAAAAAUACCUGUGGUUCCGGUUCCCGACCGACCCUAUUUUUUUCUGCUGACCCUAUUAUUUUUUCAACGUGAUUGACCGUGCGACCCUAUUUUCUCCGGGUGGCUACGGGAUGCUGCCAAAAUGGCGUCUGUUGUCACAGUAAUUAUUGAAAAAACCAUGAAAAAAAUAUUCAAGAAAAAAAUUAUUUCUGACCUACCGACCCUAAUUUUUUCGCGAUAUGAAACCGGAACCACAAGUAUUUUUUUUUAGGCCUUGCUGUCCUGAAUGUAUAGAAUCAGUAACUGCAUGCAUGCAUAGUGCACGUGAUGCCCAGUAAAGCCCGUACAGACGAGCAAGUUUUCCUUGACAAGUUUUACUUGUCCAUGUCUACGGGGAAAAUUUGACGAAUUUUUUCCUUGACAAGCAGCCUUGUUCAAACGCUAGUCCCGCCACCUUUUGAACAUGGAAAUUUGUUCGUGUGUGUAAGGCCGUCAAGGAAAGCUUGACAAGCAAGGGUGAAAUGUAGUACCGUAGUCAGUUUCAUUUGGUUGAAACUAGCAGCUUUGAACGAAAAUUGUCAAUGACAUGACAUUGUUUACGCACUUAGUCCCCAGUUAAAAAUUACAUGCACGAUGCCGGAUUCGUAUCGGAGCAACGUCAAUCUUACAACUUUUCUUAUUUGAAGUUUUUGUUUAAUUCUGUUAUAUUUUCAUAAUUUUAAUACUAAUAUACUGAAGUAGUCAAUAACACAAUAAAUAGUCAAUAACGCCUACAUGUUAGUACGAUAUGAUUAAAGUGAAAAUUAUGCAGGUACAUUCCAAUACGAUUAAGCUUUAGACAUAUAAUCUUGUGGGAGGAAACACGAAGAGAGGCGUGGUUACUUAAUUUAGGACUUUUAAGGAACUGAUAUUCUGGGAUUUUAUUAGCAAAAGUCAUGGGUAGAAAUCAUGGAUGUAUUUCCAAUUUAAUUGGUAAUUUUAUAAUAUCUGCACAUGCAUUAGAUACAAACAUUACGAGCGGUGGGCGACGGCACACGACUUUCCUAUGGAGAAUAUUGUCAAUGAUGGAUCUACAACGUUUCAUUCUAGGUGAGUUUCUACAGAGUCCUAAUUUUUAUUUAAUAUUUUAGUCUAUUAUAUUUAAUACUUCGGUUGAGCGUGAUAUGAAGAAUUAUUAAGGCGUAGUUUGUGUUAUUAACCGAAGCCGAAUGCCGAGGUUGAUAUCAUGCGAAAACCAAAUUCAGUAAUUGUUUUAUUAUUUAUAUUAAACAACGGCCGGUUGUAUGAAAUCAUUUGUGUUGUGACACAAUUAUCUUUGGCAUGACGUCAUAACGUUUAAUAUUAUCUUUUCAUAUCAACGUUAUGACGUCACUCCGUUGAAUAUUAUAUCAAAAUUCCUUAUUUGGUCAGCCAUUGAGUUGAUACAGUAUGACGAUUUCACAGCUGGAUGUUAGCCAAUCAGAUAUCAUGAAUUAUUUUAAAUAAAUAAUAUAAUUUCGUUAUACAUUUGAAUGAAAACCUUAGCUUAUGCAUACAGUAUAUGUUUAACAUUCAAUCCAUUCAAAGGCUAAUGAGCGAAAUGUUCUUAAAAGGCUUGGUUCUGUCGCAGAUUUCGAAUUAGUAUUGCGCAACAAGAAUAUUCAGGAUGAUGUGUUGGUGGUAAGGAAUGUUAUGUGUUAGACAGAAUAUAGUGAUUGUUAGAUUUGAAAUUUCAAUUAUAGUGUGCUUUCCAAAGAGGUUUCUUGGGAAUUCUAAGGCUCGCCCAUGCAACAGGCCCACAUACAAACUCAAUGUCGAAUUCGUGAGAUUUUUAUUUGUUCCUAUAAAUAUUGUGUUCGUUUUUGGAUAAUCACUUUAAAAUAGUGUAUAUUUAUUAUUGAAUAGAAAUAUUGUUUUCCACUAUUCCACCUUACAUGCAUGAUUUUGAGCUUAGCUAUAGUGACACAUCAUGCACAUCUUUUUCAUACAGCCUAGUAAGAAAUUCAUAAUUCUUAUCAUAUUUUCGUUUAAUAGGUGGCUGGUGACAUGUUGUUUCAAGAUCAAAAGUUUGAUAUAUGUCAAGUGAUUAAUUAUUUUAAAACAAAGGUAGCCAAGUAUAAAUGUCAUAAUAUAUUUACCUGGGGCUGGUUCCAUGAUUAUUCUGGGGCUGGUUCCAGAUGGCUGACGACGAUCAGAAAGUGCACUGAAAAAGUGUCAUGUCGCUGAGUAUUCAUUGCAUCGCAUUGCAGGCUCAGCUCAGUCUAGAAUUUUACUGUGCUUUCUGUUUGCUUUAUUUCGACUUACUUGUGGCGAAAUAAGGCUCAAAUUGUGUAAAUAUGAUCUUAAUUACUGUAUGUUUGAGUUACCCAAUAAUUUUCUUCGGUCUUUAUUAACAUUCUCUUAAUCUUGAAAUUUUACUAAUAAAUCAAAACCUUUGCCGACUCUAUUUUGAAAUAAAUUGGCAGUUUUUCCUCAUUAAUAUUCAGUACUCGUCAGCAUGUACAUUCUACGCAUAUUCAGUUAAGAUGAGCUAGCUCAUCUUAUUAUCUUAGCUCUCAAUUUGUGACCGCAAUUUCUGAUCGUGUCUGUACCCGCCGCGGAUACUCGGAGAGUGAGUUCUUCAAGCUUGCUAGAAUUGGCCUUCGAUUGGCAUAACCCAUCCAGUUUAAAAGUUUAGUUUUAAUAAAUUGAAGUCUUCUUACACUUAUUCUUGAGUUUAUAUCCAUAGUUUCACAACUUUUCAGCCAUUUUCAAGGAUUGAAAAAAUCACUAUCAAGUGGAUAACGCUAUACGACCUUCGUACAACCGACCCCUGACGUAAGCCGCAUUUAUAUGAGUUAUUCUCAGAAUAAUUUUUGUUAUACAGACCAAGUAUUUGAAAGGUUUUCGGUCGCACCUCCUGCUUGCACGAAUUGCAAUCCGUAGUUUAACUACGUCUUUUUACUACGACUUUUAGAAAGGCGAACUUGCAAUCUAUUAUGAAAUGGAUGAAAGUGAGAGUACUCGAUCAAGAGGAAUCAUUGAAGUUUGCCCAAAGACAAACAAGUAAGGAAUAAAGAAGCAAUCAAGCAAGUUAUCGUUUAGCUAAAUAGUGCAUGUUUGAACGUAGUCAAACUGAUGGCCUAUAUAUAACGGGGUUAUAUUAAAUCAGCGUAAUAACGUCCCAAUCCUUGUUUCGUCCCCUCGUAGACGUGAUUCGGUACAGUUAAUUAUGACUGAUUGUUGGAAAACAUUCCUAACGAGUCAUUUCAGCUGUUCGGUCGGUCGUGCCUGGCUUCCUGUUUACGGUGAGUGCACGAGUUUGAACAAUGCUACUUUUGGCCAAUGAAGCAUGCACUUUAUGUUCACAAGUAAUAAACAAAAGCUCAAACAAUUAUUGCUUACAAGAGAGAGGACGAUUUGUUGUUUUAGAACUAAAUCCAUACGUGUGCCGAGACUGUUAUCAGAAACUGAAGAAACGCAGAAGUUUGUCAUCUCAACUUGACAUUAACAUCGAAAAGGCAUUGGAGUGCAUACACAACGACAAAAACAAACAGACGUCUCGGCAUACGUAUGGAGUUCAAACUUGAAUAACAAAUGGAAGACUUUUUGGAUCUGUUAAAAUAACAAAUUGACCUUUCCCCUCUACACAAUACUUGAUUAGCCAUGACAGUGUUCAAACUUACUCAGGGUGAAACAGGAUGCCUGGCAUGACCGCCAAUGAAAUGUCUCGUUAGAAAUGUUUAAAAACAACCAAUCACCAUUAACCAUUGAAAUAAGCCAUUAACUAUACAGAAUCGUGUUUACCCGGGGGGGGGGGAGGGGGGUGAAACAAGGAAUGGGGCGUUAUUACGCUGAUGGAAUAUAACCCUGUAAAUAAUGGUCGUCUGCCGCGCAGGCUAACAAAUAAUGAAGGUUAUUAAAGUCCAUGCAAAUUCAUCAAGUCUCUAUUUGAUUGGCUUACAUGUAGCCAAAGGUGAAAUCGUCAUAUCAGCAUAUUAUCUAUAGUGUAUAUGCAUGUUGGACCGUUGGUUGACGUUUAUAAGCAAAAGGGAAAGCUAUAUACUGGAGAAAAGCGUUUCAGGGAUAUGUGUCGUUUAAUUGUUCUUGAUUUCUGAUUUCAGAAUUCUUAAGUUUCUUGAAAAACCAGAACCUCACGAAACGGAAUCGAGGUUAGCCAGCGUGGUAAGAAAUUUAAUUGUUUUGCUUAUCUUAAAUAACUGUACUCGAUAAAUUGAUUGGACACUUUUUCAACAUGGCAUAGAUGUGACGAGUUUCGAUAUGUUUAUGUUGCCUUUCCUUAGAUCAAAUGAGAAAGGAGCAUAGCUAAGCAGGCAUCAGGCGCCAAUGGUCCUUAUUCUCACAUGUAUGGCGCGAAGCGUCCUUUGGCCCUUCAAUGACGUCAUUUUCGCAUUCUAUAUUUCGCUAGGAUCAUCUAUUCAUUUCGUAUUGCUUUCCUUCCUGCCCGUCUGAAUUAUAGUCUGCAUGUAUACCGUCGCCUUGGGUUCAAGCUGGGUCGGUGUAUACAUGCAGUAUAUGCGUUGAUAACUCCAUAUUUGCGUUGAAACAGAAACUUCAACUUCAUGCUCAAUAUAGGUGAAUCUCAUAACCUCAUGUUUUUUAAUGUUUUGGUAAUAUACUUACUUUUUGUUCAGGUUUUUUACUGCCUUCGUAAAGAGACAUUGUAUACUGUUGAAAAGUUCCUUCAGAAAAACACGAAACCUGACCAAAGAGUAUUUGGCAAGUAUAUGGUAAGCUGUCGUUGAUUUCUGGUUCUUUUUAAGAUAAUUGUAUGUAGCCUGAUUGGGUGCCAUUAUGGUAAAAUGGUGGGAAUGAAUAAACGCAGGUUAACGACAAAGUGCGUAAAAAGGGCUUUUUGCAUGAUCGUUUAAUUUUUAUGUGAGAUACUAUAUCUGUAUAUGAUGCAUAUUUUGAAGUAAAGUUCCACUGCAGUGUAUUGCAAAAUAUCUUUAAUAUCUACCUGGACCUUACUAGAUGGGAGAUGGGGAGUUUCAGUAAAUUGUGGCUUUUUGGGUAAGGGAGGGCCUAUAUAUAGUUGAUUUUUAAUUCGUCGUCGAGUUUUAAUUCGGGGGGUGCAUGAGUAAAUCCAAGGGAAAACUCCGUGUCUACAUAUACAGGGUGUAUCAAAAUAAACGCAAUUCAUCUUUUGUGCUUAAUAACUUUCGAAAUACUAUUUCUAGUUAAACGCUUUUAGGCUUACUUCAAAGCCUGUUCUUUUCUCUUUCAAACAAACUAUUAUCCUUGUCUCCAAUGCUAGUAAUAAUUGCACAGGAAAAGAUUUAGUAAAACCUAUCAUUUUUAGUUGCUGUUUAAUUAUGCAAGUUUACUAUGUUAUUGUUUAGUCGAUUUAAAUGUUAGAAUUUUCUUCUUUAAACUUUAAUGUUGUCGUCACUACAUCUGGAAAACCACGUAAGAACAAAUUAAAAGUAUUUUAAAAGAGACCAGGUUGUUUGAAAAUCCUAAACGAAUGCUAAAAAUCGUCAAAACAUUCUGGUGUCUGAGCCAGAGUGUCAUCGAAUUGCGAUGUAAUGUAAACAGAAAUUAUAGCAAGUUGAUGUCAGUCAGCUUAGAUGGUCCAAGCCAAAAUUAUAUCGCAUUUGAAGUUUCAAACUGAGUUAAAAAUAGUGGAAGAAAAGCCGUAAUUAUACUUAUUGUUACAAUCCAUUUAAUAAAAUGCAACAUUUUUUUGUUUUAAUGAAAAAAUCAGUUAUUUUCAUGAGAACGAUUUGUUAUUCCAUCUCAAUUUUUUUAAUCUCCAAUCGCAAUAACGUAAAGUAUUAUUACCCGCGAACCAAUGAGUCAAAUUUAAGAAACAACCCACUGUUAGAAAGCUGAAUGGCUACGCUUUAAAAUGAAUGUAAACUUUAACGUUUUCGUCUAUUAUUUGUUUAGCAAUUUACAUUUCAGUCGAGGAUUGCGCUUUUUUUGAUACACCCUGUAUAAUAACUAUUCUUAUAAUAAAACUUUUUCUUACACACUUAUAUUAUCACGUCGUUGUCUCGCUGUAAGGUUUCGAAAAACUUGCUUUAUGUUUUAAGGAAUGGCUUGUAACGCAGACACCAGUUUUUGGGAUGAAAUUACCAACAGGAUUCCAGUUGAUAGGACAAGUGGUAUAAGUCAAAUAUAUACUUUAUAUUGGCCAAAACUAAUCUUAAAUAACAUAAAUUAAAUAUAGCUGAUAAUAUACAAACGAUCAAUUGUUAUAUAUGGAUGAAAAUUUGUUGCACGAUAACUUAAUGAUUAUGACUUAAUACAUGAUUAUUGAAAAUAGACUGUUAUACGUUACGAAUUGUUGUCAGAACUUCAUAAUAGGAAAAUCAAUUUUUGAAUUUCGUUUAAUGUGCACUGUAUAUAUGAGCACUAAACUUAUUCCACGUGAUUCUUGACAAGCAUGCAAUAAAUUGAUUAUAAUACUACUCUAUUUAGGGUUUGUCCGACUACCAAAGAUGGGUUGCCUACUUUGCCGGUAUUAAGAACCAAGCUGUAAAAAAUUCCUUUUCGUCACGUGUAUACGCGAGGUCAGUGUUAUCCAUAUCUAGAACAUUGCAUGUAUAAGAUCAGAAUAGAGAUCACAGUCUAUAUAGAGAAUCCUGAAGGACGUAAGUGGCGGGAGGAUACACUCUCCCAUUUUCCUAGCCAUUAUGAGGUCUCAAUCCCAAAUCACCCGAUUCAGCGAUUUGGCAAAUCCUGUUCCCUGCAUCAAAUGCCAUUCCAUUUUCUGUCCCAGUGAAAGUACGAUUUUACCUUUUCAGGACUCAAAGUAAAUAGAAAUUGAAUAAAACAAUCAUGCAUGCAUUACCAUACUGAAUUGUUGCUUUUAGUAAUAUUUCUGUAUGUAUGGAUACAAUUAUUUAUUAGUGUGUAUAUUAUUUAUUAGCGUGUAUAUUAGAAAACCUGACAAUAUUAGUGAGAAUAUAGAUUAGAAGUUUUCCAGGCAGUUGAUCACUAUAUCACAGAAUAGAGACUUUACAGAAGCCCGACUUCCUGGUUUUUCCUAUGAUUUUGGCGUAACCGUAAUUCGUCAUCAAAAUGCUGACGCCAUGUCCUCGCCAGUGCGCUUAUAUGAGAGGCAUUCACCCCCUGAUAAUAUUCAAAAUGGUGGACAUCCAGGGGGUAAAUGCCUCUCAUAAGCGCAAUGGCUAGGACCAUGGCGUCAGCAUUUUGAUGACGAAUCAUGGCGUGGCAGCGGCUAUGGGCAGCGGUUGCGCUUUUUUGGCUGAGUCGACCUUCUGUGUGUCUUUAUUCUGUGACUAUACCAUAUAGAGCAGUACAGUAAUUAACGGCCAUCCAUUAAGGUGACUCGAUAGGUUUACGAAAAAAAUUUUGAAUAAUGAUCCUAUAUCUAACAAUGUCAUAAAAAUGCUAGAUUCCUACCCUAUAUAUUCAGGGGGUGGACAUUAAAAAGUUGUCCCCCAUAGAAGAUGGUAUAUCAUAAGUCUUGAACUUACUUGUUAAUUUUGUGUACGCAUGUGAAUUGAAAUUGUGAUUUCAAGUCAAGCAUUAGAAAAAUAGAUACGUUUAGAGAGUUUUUACUCAAAUUCAAGAUGGCGGACUUGUCUCCUCUCCUGUGGCUUAAUUAAGUAUAGCUGUGGUCCAUGCAACACCUGCGUAUUUCUAUAUUACAGGCUUGGCCUGGUGGGUAAUCCUUCUGAUGGUUUCUAUGGUAAAACUAUUGCGAUGUCAAUAUCAAACUUCUGGGCUGAUGUCACUAUCACUGAAAGCGAGAAACUGGCGAGUUUAAAUAUCAUAUAAUACUAUUACCUAAUAUUUAUAUUCUUUCCUUUUAUUUGUCCGUUCCUACGCUGAUCAGGGUUUUCUUGCAUGCACGUUCGCGGAAAUAUCGUUUAUAUUGCUAUUUAAGGCACGUUUUCCACCUCUGCGUGUUUUUCUUCUGUGGACCCAAGUCAAUUACAUCAGCCGACAUUGACACUUCAUUACUAUAUAUACCACCUUAUUUCUGUAAUUGUACAUAGUCCUAAACAACAGUCUGCAAAGUAGGCGCUCGGGCGUUUACCUAGCGCCUGCUUGCAGGCUACCUAAACAAUAUAACUUUGGUAAUUAAGACUACGUUUACACUGUACCGGAUAGCUUCCGUAGCGAAGUGAAAAAAUACCUAUCCGUACCUUCUAGGAACGCUAUUUUCAGAGAAUUAUUGCAGAGAGAAGUCGUUUCGCUCAGCUACUGGAAGUUACACAUUCUGUAUCAGAUAGGUGCUUUUUCGUGCCGCUACGGAAAACCAUACAGUAUAGUGUAAACGUAACCUAAGAUGUCCGAAUAAGAAACAAGGUUCUUGGCCAAAAUACCAAUAUCAUGAAUAUUCAUCUUCUGUAAUAUCUGUAAUUACAGGUUUUAGUCCCACAUCCUUUGAAUGAUCCAACACAAUUUGGAAGUUUAGGAGAUCUUCAUGGGAUAAGCAGAAAAGAAGGGUA